AUGGAAAACUCUUAUGCAGUGAUAAGUGCUCUCCUAGAUAAAUUGAUAGAGACGAAUGAAGCUUGGCACACUAGGAAAACUAAAGUGGAUGGAGAAGGUCCUUCCAAAAUUGUCUUCUCUAGGGAGACAAUAAAGAUGGAUGAAGAGAGAGAUGAGACCAUGGCAAAGUUGGUUACCCAAAUGGGUCUCCUCACUAAACAUGUGUUGGGUGGAGGCUCCAAGACAAUAAAUGUAGUAGGAUCUUGUGAAGGGGAUUCUAUGGAUGAGCAAUUCUUCCAAAAAUCAGAUGAUGGAAAGUUUCUCAAGUUUAUUGAGAGGUUGAAAGGGCUUUCAAUUAGCAUCCCUUUAGUGGAAGCACUUGAACAAAUGCCCGGUUAUGCAAAAAUUGUGAAAGAUCUUGUGACCAAGAGGAGAAAUGCUCGUUUUGAAAUGGUGGGAGUUACACAUCUUUGUACCUCUAUUGUGACAAAAGCCUUGGUUCAAAAGAAGGAAUAUCCGGGAGCUUUCACCAUUCCUUGCACAAUCGGGGUGUACAAAUUUGCCAAAGCAUUAUGUGAUCUUGGAGCAAGCAUCAACUUGAUUCCGCUUGCUAUGUUUAACAAGUUAGGUUUGGGCAGUCCCCGACCCACAACAAUGAGAUUGCUAAUGGCGGAUAGAACCGUGAAGAAACCGGUUGGUAUCCUCUAUGAUGUGCUUGAGAGAGUAGAUCGAUUUAUUUUUCUUAUUGAUUUCGUUAUCUUGGAUUGUGAAGUUGAUUUCGAGGUGCCCAUAAUCUUAGGAAAACCUUUCUUGGCCACAGGGCAUGCUCUUGUAGAUGUGGAGAGAGGUGACCUAAAAUUUAGAAUUAAUGAUGAAGAAGUCGUUUUUCAUAUUUGCAAGUCAAUGAAACAACUGACGGAUAUAAGUAUUGUGUCGGUUAUUGAUACAAUUGAUAAAGCCAUGGAUAUAACUGUUGAGCAUGAACACGUGGGUGAUAUGUUGGCGGCGGUGAUAAUGAACUAUGAGGAGGAAGAUGAAAAAGAGUUCGGGGAGACGGUUAAUGCAUUGAUUGGGUUGGAGUCAUACCACUACAAUCCAAAGAAGCUUGAUCUUGAUUUAGAACACCGAGCAACUCCUCCCGCAAAGCCCUUCAUUAUUGAGCUUCCUACUUUGAAACUCAAACCUCUUCCUUCACACUUGAGGUAUGAAUUCCUUGUUCCUAACAACAUGUUGCCCAAGAUUAUUUCCGCCCGGUUGAUGGAUGAGUAA